CAGAGUCUUAAUAAGGGGUUUUAUGUCGACUAUCACGCGGAUACGUCUACUCCUUCAAAAUUAAAGACGAGACUUGAUCACACAGAGACUUUCUGCAACUAUGUGAAUAAUGUAGCAACUCGCUUCAAAAGGCCAAGUCAAGCUCCUAAAUGCUAGUAUUAUGUCGCUCCUAGAAACUCUGAAGUUAUGAGAAAUCAGCUAUCCUAACCCCUUUUUCCUGAGAUCAAGGCUAGAUGUGCUUAAACAGAGCCCAUUCAACUUCUAGAGCACCAUUUCAGCCUUAGAGUCCAAAAGGCAAGAUAGACUUUAUACUACAUAGAGAGCUAGCUGCAGUGCUUCUAGCCAUGCGAAGUCGUGUCCCCCAACCAAUUUUAGAAGACGAGGAAGACCAGGAAGCUUUCUUUGGUGAGCCUUCCAUGAUCGGUAGGUUUCAGUUGGCUUUUCGGCAGAAGAAACACUUUCCUAUCUUGAUGCUCUCUUAUGUGGGCCCUCAGCAUGGACGGCUCUUCUAUGCUUACUGGACAGAACACAGCUUGUGAUCAGACAAUCAAAGCUUUAUAGCUUUGAGAAAAGGUCAACUGCACCGGUGGAGUUAUUUGCUCGGAUCCUUCUGAGUCGUCCCCUGAAAGCAGACGCCCUUCCAGACGCUCUGCCGACGGGGCCUUGAAGCCCUCCGCAAACAUCGGCGAGCCCCGAUGUCAAAAAAAAAGAGGAGUCUUAAGUCCUCUGAGAGCUGUGAAACUCUCCCUUUGAUAAAUAUGGACUCUAUGCACUCGCCGAAAGAUGCAUAGUUCCAGGUACCUGGUUCUUAGUCUUGUGUCAAAUCUUGCCCACUGCGGCUGGCGCUGGAAUACCGUGCCUUCUUGAAAUCCUGCCGCAAUGCAGGUGCCUGGUCUCGGCCAGGCCU